AUGGCUUCGUCUGAGAUCACUGUCAUCCCCGAAGAUGCGAGGGAGGAUUCACUCUCCACGGCCAGACCCCAGACUUCAGGAACACCAGAAAAAGCAACGGAUCUGAAAGGUGGAGACACUCAAGAUGAAGAGAAGCAGGCUGAGGUGGAGGGAGUCCCGAACUAUCAAGACUUCAAGCUCACCAACACCGGCCGGCUAAUCUUCUGCGCUCUGGCGGUCCUAACCCUAAUGGUCUCCCUCGACGGGACUUCCAUUUCCGUUGCCCUACCGGAAAUGGCCAGUGAGCUGGGCGGAAGCGCCAUGGAAGCCUUCUGGAGCGGGACCUCGUUCCUGCUCUGCUCCACCGUCUUGCAACCAAGCACCGCAACUCUCUCUGACAUAUUCGGGCGCCGUCCGGUGAUCUUGAUCUCCCUGGUCUUCUUUUUUGUCGGUGCUGUGGUAGCUGGGGUCGCGAAUAACUUCUCCCAGAUCUUAGUCGGACGCUGUAUACAGGGAGUAGGCGGCGGCGGUAUCUCGGUGCUCGCGGAGGUCGUUGUCACUGAUCUUGUGCCACUCCGUCUGAGGGGAAAUUAUUAUGGUAUCUUGAGUGCAAUGUACAGUCUCGGGUCCGUACUGGGUCCUAUCCUUGGUGGAGGUUUCUCCGAGAAAGUCACUUGGCGCUGGAUAUUUUAUAUCAACUUCCCCUUCAUCGGCAUCUCCGCGAUCCUAAUCCUCUUCUUCUUCCACCUCGAAACGCCUUCGGGCACUCUAAAAUCCAAACUCGCCCGCAUCGACUACUUUGGCACAGGCCUCUUCAUCGCCAGCACAUCCUCUUUCCUGAUACCCCUAACCUGGGGCGGGGUGAUGUUCCCAUGGAGCUCAUGGCACACACUCGUCCCGCUAAUCCUCGGACUCGCCGGCUUCGCAGGUUUCACAAUAUACUCCCUCAUGGCGCCCAACCCUAUGAUCCCCCACUCCGUCUUCGGCAACCGUAGCGCAACAAUCGCAUUCAUAACGAGUUCCCUACAGGGCCUGAUCCUCUGGGGCGCGCUAUACUAUCUACCGUUAUACUACCAAGCAGUCCGCGAAUUCGGACCCGUUUUAACAGGCGUUGCGCUCUUCCCGCAGACAUUCACUGUCGCGCCCUCGGCCAUCGCCUGCGGUUUCAUCGUGACAAUCACAGGCCACUAUAGAUGGGGUCUGUGGGUCGGCUGGAGUCUCUCAAUUAUAGGGAUCGGGAUAUUGACUCUGCUCCGCCCGACCACGAGCACGGCCGGGUGGAUCCUGCUGAAUAUCCCGUCCGGGCUGGGAUUAGGGUUCUUAACGGCCGCCAUUGUGUGCACGGUGCAGGCGUCCGCAACGAACAAGAAUCUAACCGUAGCUGUAGCGAUGGUAGUCUUUUUCCGCGCUUUUGGGCAGGCUGUGGGUAUUGCGAUUGGGGGUGUGAUUUUUCAGAAUCGUAUGCGUCACGAACUGCUGAAACAUCGUGAGUGGAGAAGUGAAGCUGGGGUUUUGAGUCGGGAUGCGGCCGCCUUGGUUACCGUUAUUAAGGGAAUGGAUAAUGGAUCUGGUGUAGACGGGCCUAAGUAUCAUAUGAAGCAGGCGUAUACGGAUAGUAUGAGGAUUAUCUGGGUGUUUAUGGCGGGUGUUGCGGGCGUGGGCCUGCUGUUGAGUGUGCUUGUGAAAAAGUAUGACUUAAAUCGGGCAUUGAAGACUGAUCAGGGAGUCAAGUCGUAG